UUCUUUACUCAUCUCUCUUUCCUUGAUAAAAUCAGGGUCCCUCUCUCUCUUUUUACAUCUUCUCUGCCAAGCAAAUCUUUUCCACUCAGUUCUCCCCUGUCUCUGUUUUUUGGUCAUGACUGAGCUUAUAGAUGAUGCCAAGUUUUGGCUGCCGGCGAAGUUUUUGGCGGACGACGAUGGGAUUAUGAAGAAAGGGAACCUUAUGAACGAAAACGGUAGAAAAAACGGUACUGAGUCGUUGGUAUCUAGUCAUGGUUUCCCCACUGAGUUCCCUUACGAGUUUGACUCGUUCGACUCCUUUUCAAGUUCGAACUCCCCUGUUGAAUCCGUUGUUGAGUCCACAGAGACUGAGAGCAGUGACGAGGAUGAGUUUCUCGCUGGAUUGAAUCGCCGUCUCGCUCACUUCACGAGUCAGAAACUCACUGUUCCCACUCUCUCCCUGGAAAAAAACGAGAAAAAUGGAGCUUUUGCGAGUUCACCAAGGUCGACUCUGGCUGGACUCGGGAGCUGGUCACCUUCAAGCAACAACAGCCCUAUGGGACCCUCUCAAGUUCCAUCUCCACCAACAACACCAUUCUGUGCUCAAAACGACACUUGGGAUCUCAUUUAUGCCGCAGCUGGUCAAGUUGCAAGGUUCAGAAUGAGCAAUGAAGUGCCCAAAUACACCAACUUCAGCCAUGGAAGAGCCUUACCCAAAGCUCAAAAUCAGACAAAUCAGUUUAAUGGAAGACAAGUGAAGGCAAGUGACUGGCAAGCACAAGUUCAACAACAACAGCAGAUACAGGAUAGGAUAAGGAAUAAUGUUGUUUGGGGAAGGCCAUUAGGGUUGCCUCAAUCUUCAUGGCCACCAAUUCAAGUUCAGUCCCAACCAAAGCAGCCUCAGAACCACCCUGGUUCUGGCAUGAGACACAUGUUCAUUCAUGGAUCCGGUGGCGUUAAACGCGAGUGUGCCGGUACCGGCGUCUUCAUCCCUCGUAGACACAGCAGCAACACCAUCACCACUACUGAACCUAGAAUGAAAUCAGGUUGCUCGACAGUGUUACUUCCAGCAAAGGUUGUCCAUGCACUAAAUCUCAACUUCCCUGAUACCAACAACCGUCACGUUCAGCCUCGAUUCUAUACCAGCUCCACAUCAAACUAUGAUGCAUUGGUAGCAAGAAAUGCAUUGUUGACACAAGCAAGGAGAAAUUACAGACAAGAAGGAAGCUUAAAUCUACCACAUGAAUGGACUUACUGAUUUUUAUACUAGUGUUUGUUACGUUGGGAAGAUAGCAGUGAUAGUAGGAUUUAGGUAUAUGGUAUUUUGCUUUAUUAUGUAUGUAUGUAUUAGGAAGAAUUCAAGAAUGCGAGUGUAGUUUAGAAAAAUAAGAGCAAAAAAUAGGGGGAAAAUGGUUCUUUGUUGUAAUAAAUUAUACUUUCUAUUUUUGAAUUUAAUGGGGAGAAUUGGAUUUUGUCUUUGAAAUUUUGGGGGCAAAGGAAGAAAAAUCCAUUAUCCUCUUUUGUAGUAUACCCUUUGAAGUUAAUAUAUAUAUUUUAAUCAUGAUCUACUA